AUGGCUCUUGUGAAAGCAGCUGAUCCACAGACCUCCUCUUCUAAUGCUUCUCGAUAUUGUCGUUAUCACGUGUUCCUGAGUUUCAGAGGCCCAGACACUCGCAAGACUUUCACUGACCACCUCUACAUGGCCCUUGUCAGCGCCGGAUUUCACACUUUCCGAGACGACGAAGUCGAGAGAGGAGAAGGUAUCAAGCCCGAAUUGCAGAAAGCAAUCAAACACUCACGAACUUCUGUCAUUGUGUUCUCGAAAGACUACGCGUCGUCCCGAUGGUGCCUCGACGAGCUGGUGAUGAUCCUUGAACGCAAGAGGAGGACCUCAGAUGACCAUGUCGUUUUGCCUGUCUUCUACGAUGUGGAUCCAUCCCAUGUAAGGAAGCAGACAGGAAGUCUUGCAAAGGCAUUUGCUAGACACCAAAAAACUCAACCGCUGCAGAAGGUGAAGGCAUGGAGGGAGGCACUUGCAGAGGUUGCAGAUCUGGCAGGGAUGGUCUUGCAAAAUCAAGCUCAUGGGUACGAGUCAAAGUUUAUCAAGAAAAUAGUUAAUGUGAUCGGAGACAAACUAAGUCGCACAACCUUAAGUAUUGCCCCCAACAUGAUUGGAAUGCAUUCUCGAGUGGAAACCAUUAAUCUUUGGUUACAAGAUGGAUCAACUGAUGUUGGCAUACUACUAAUCUACGGGAUGAGUGGAAUAGGGAAAACAACCAUCGCGAAAUUUUCUUAUAAUUCAAACUUUACAAGAUUUGAAGGAAGCAGCUUCCUUGAAAACAUCAAAGAAAUUUCACAACAACCCAAUGGCUUAGUUCAAAUACAAACACAGCUUCUUUCUGGUAUUUUGAAUGGGAGAAAAAUGAAAAUAAGCAAUGUUAGUGAAGGAUUAACUAAGAUUGAAGAUGCAAUAAGCUCUAAGAGGGUUCUCCUUGUUCUUGAUGAUGUGGAUCAUAUGGACCAAUUAGAUGCAGUACUUCGGAUGAAAGAUCGAUUUUGUCCAGGAAGUAAAAUCAUAAUAACAACUAGGCGUGCAAGAUUGUUAAAGGCUCAUCAAGUUACUAAGGUGCAUGCAGUUGAAACUUUAAAUUACAAAGAAUCAUUGGAGCUCUUCAAUUGGCACGCUUUUGGUCAGGACCAUCCCAUUGAAGGUUACAUAGAAUAUUCGCAAAAAAUAGUGGAACACUGUAGAGGACUUCCAUUAGCUCUUAAAGUUUUAGGUUCUUCUAUGUACUCGGGGGAUAGUAUAGAUGUAUGGAAAAGUGCACUGCAGAAAUUAGAAGCUAUUCCGAAUGGUGAAAUAGUAAAUAAACUAAGAGUAAGCUAUGACUCUUUGCAAGAUGACCAUGACCGAAAUUUAUUCCUCCACAUUGCUUGUUUCUUUAUCGAAAAGGACAAAGACUACAUUGUUAACAUACUAGAUGGAUGUGAUUUCUAUACAAUUGUUGGCAUUCAAAAUCUCAUCGAUAGAUGUUUGGUGAUUAUUGAUGGAUGGGACAAGGUGCAGAUGCACGACCAGAUUCGUGGAAUGGGAAGAGAAAUUGUUCGCCUGGAAUCAAAGGAGCCUUGGAAGCGUAGUAGAGUGUGGCAACAUAAGGAUGCUUUCAAUAUCUUGACAGAAAAGAAUGGUACAGAUUCAAUUGAAGGCCUUGUCCUCGACAUGCACAUGCUCCCUAGAAACAGUCACAUAAACUCAACGGAGAGAGUCUUGGAAACCAAUGCAUUUGCAAGGAUGCAUGAACUAAAACUACUCCAUCUUAGUCAUGUACAACUCGACGGAUCUUAUGUAGAAUUUUGUACAAGAUUAAGAUGGUUGUGUUGGAAUAAGUUUGCUUUGGAUUCUAUACCCACAGAUUUUCCUUUGGGGAGCCUGGUUGUUCUUGAAAUGCAAUAUAGCGGCUUGAGGCAAGUCUUCAAAGGAACAAAACGUCUUUCAUCAUUGAAGAUCCUUGAUCUCAGCCAUUCUCAUUCACUUAUAGAAAUCACCGACUUCUCAUUUUGCCCAAAUCUAGAGAAAUUGAUUCUUGUAGAUUGUGAAAGACUGGUUGAUGUCAAUGAAUCCAUUGGGAACCUUGAGAGACUUGUUUACUUGAGUAUGAAGGAUUGCAAAAAUAUUAGGAUGCUUCCAGAGAACAUGAUUAUGCUAAAAUCACUUGAAACACUUAUUAUAUUUGGUUGCACAAAUCUUAAUAGAUUAUCAAUUGAGAUGUUAAGGAACAUGGAAUCUCUGAAAGUGCUUGAGAUAGAUGAAAUCCCGAUAACUCAAUUAUGGCGAGGAAGAAGUUCAUGUAUCUGGAGUUCUUUACCAUUCUCUUUAGUAAAUUUAAGUGUUUGGGGGUGCAAUCUUUCGGAUGAUAACUUUCCUAGGGAUUUUAGUAAUCUAUCUUCAUUGCGAAGACUAAACGUAGGGAAUAAUCCAAUUUGUAGCCUGCCAAAUUGCAUCCAAGGUUUAACAAGGCUCGAUGAACUCUCUUUUGAGAAGUGUACAAGGCUCAAAUCGCUUGUGGGUUUACCAAAAGUAGAUGAAUUGAAUAUCCAACUUUGCAUAUCAUUGGAAAAAAUAACAUAUCAGUACAUUCCAUGGAAAACGCAUACCUAUAUGUCUGACAAGCGCAACCAAGUUGAGUGGGAGCAUAGUUUCAAGCUAGAACCCAUUGGAAGAGUUGAUGCAGAAAUUAUCAACCUUUUGGGCUUGUGCAGCUUGGAAUCCAUGGCAACCAUUCGGAUGCACAAUGUAAACAGUAAUUCAUCAAUAGAGAGUCCUGUCCAGGGACUGUAUGAAAGGGGUAUAUUCAGCACAUUUUUUGGUGGGAAUGAGGUUCCAGUCCAAUUCAGCCAUAAAAGUAGAGGGUCCUCAAUAUCUUUUACUGUGCCUUUGCUUGAUAAUCACAUAAUUAAAGGCUUGAUCGUCUGUGCUGUCUAUGCGAGUUCUGGCUCUGGUUUUCCUUACUAUGAUAUGACUACUAGAGUCAGAAAUAAGAGCAAGGGUCUGACGUGGUACUAUGGGCCAUCAUUUUACGGCAUUCCAGGUGAAGGAGAAGACAUGAUAUGGUUAAGCCACUGGAUGUUUAAGGAUGAGCACUUAGAAGGUGGCGAUCAAGUGGUUGUUUCAGUACAUCAUUGCUUUCAGGUAAAGGAGUUGGGGAUCCAGUUUGUGCAGGUGGAACAAGAGAGUCAUAAUAUGAUGAGUAACACCGUUUAUCCUGUUGAUCCAUGGGUGGACCCAGAACCAUACUUGUUCAAUGAUGAAGAUACAAUAGUCAAUGAAGAAGAGCAACAGGAUGAUCGCGCAAUUGCAGCCCCCACAGGCAGUAAUAACUGCGGCAGCUGCCUCCAUGGCUGGAAG